AUGAAUGACACCAACACAUCCAUCUCCAAUUUUGUUUUGUCCUGCCUGAAGGAGAUUGAGGAAAAAGAACUUGCAGGUGCUGUGUUCAUAAUUAUCUACCUGGUGACCAUCUUUGGAAACACAAUGGUUAUUGUUAUCGUCAUAACGGACCACCAGCUUCAAAGGCCUAUGUUUCUAUGCAUCACAGUCUUGUCUUUGAUUGACUUGACUUGCAGUACUACUAUUGUCCUAAAAAUAUUAGCUAUACUACUUUUUAAUAAUAAUCUUAUAUCCCAUAGUGGGUGCCUUGCUCAGAUGUUCAUUUUGCAUCAUAUGGAAGCAUUAGAAAUAUUUCUUUUGACUCUAAUGGCCUUUGACCGUUAUGUAGCGAUCAAUGAUCCCCUGAGAUAUCCUGCUGUUAUAACAAAUAAAGUAAUUUUAGCAUCCAUCGCUGGUAUAAAUGUCCUUGGGGUUAUCCUUGUUAUGGUAUACAUGUUUUUUGCGGAAACGUUUAACUUUUGUUCCACCAAUAUUCUCCCGUACUGUUUUUGUGAUUUUACUGCAAUGCUUCGCACUGCUUGUUUGGAAGACACCAGAUAUAUAAUUUAUACCUCAACUCUUUCUGCAAUUUUUAUUGUUUUCACAUUUUUACUCAUUGUGUUUUCCUAUGCCAAAAUAAUCCUGUUGGCGCUGAAAAUGUCAAGUGCAGAUGGAAAAAAGAAGGCCCUAAGCACUUGUGUCACACAUCUUUCAGUGGUGGGGCUGUUUUAUUUUCCCCUGAUCUUUAUUUAUGUCGUACCUACAAGUAGGCAACCUGCAAGCUCCACUGUCGCUAGCAGCAUGAUCAUGGUAUCCACCAUCAUGCCACCUAUGCUAAAUCCUUUAAUAUAUAGCUUAAGAAAUAAAGAAAUAAAACAAAGCAUACAAAAGGUUGUGAAAAGAAAAAGGGUAACCACUUUUAUAUUUAAUUAA